CUCCUAGCGGCCCACGUGACGGCGGGGCGGAAUGCUGGGUCACGGGACCGGAAGCGGCGGCGGCAGUGGCGGCGGCGGGCGGGGCGCGGGCGGCAGGGCCCUGCUGCGGCUCGCCAUGGGCUGCUGCUACAGCAGCGAGGCCGAGGCCUCCGACCAGGAAGAAGAGACGAAGCGGCUGCUGGAGCCGGCUGCCAGCCCCCCCAGCAAGGUGCUGAACGGAGCGGAGCAGAGCUACCACAGCCUGCCGGCGGCGCGCACCGACGAGCAGGCCAUGCUGUCCUCCAUCCUGGCCAAAACCGCCAUCAACAUCAUCGACGUGUCGGCAGCGGACUCGCAGGGGAUGGAGCAGCACGAGUACAUGGACAGGGCCAGGCAGUACAGCACGCGCCUGGCCAUGCUGAGCUCCAGCCUGACGCACUGGAAGAAGCUCCCGCUGCUGCCCUCGCUCACCAACCAGCCCCACCAGGUGCUCGCCAGCGACCCCGUGCCCUUCGCAGACCUGCAGCAGGUGUCCCGGAUAGCCGCCUACGCCUUCAGCGCCCUCUCCCAGAUCCGCGUGGAUGCGAAAGAAGAGCUGGUUGUACAGUUUGGCAUCCCCUGAGCCCCCCCCGCGGCACCCCCACCCCGGGGGCUGGCUUUUUGGUUUGGUUUUGG